CUGUUCCCCUCUAUGCUAGAGUUCCCUGCUCAUGUCUAGCGUGUGUGUACCAUGUGUGCGCUCUCCUGUUUUGUGUCCUGUUAUCAUAUUGUCUGACUUGGUUGCUCAUUCGGACUGCUCCUCUUGCGUAUUGGUUUGGAAUGUUGUCCCAUUUUUCCUUUUGCCUGUCCUGUAUGUAUUGGUUCUAUCUGCAUUAGGGGUUAGGGGUUAGGGAAUGGGGUUGGGGUUAGUGUUAGGGUUAUAGGUUAGAGUUAGGGGUUAGGGUUCAACCCUCGUCUGGCUAGCAGUCCUUUCUACUGAACUCAAGAUCUUCUGCCUCCUGAAGACUGACAUCAAACUGCAGCUGUAUGAAUGUUACCUAAUCCCCAACAUGUGGUCAGCAGUUGCUUUUUAAACAACUCUGAGCUUUUGAAAGCCCUAAUGACUGUUACAGUGCAAUGACACAUCUGGAGGCGUUUCUGCUUGUGCAAUGCAGUGAUCCUCUUCUCAUAAAUGUGUUUUGUUAAAGUAUGUCAGAAAUGCCAAAAUUCUAUAUCUUAAUUACAUCUAAGUAAAGUAAAGACACCUACAACUCAGCAUCUCGCUUUCCAAAAGAAAAUAUAUGCAGUAAUAAAAAACCUUAGAUUGCCCAAGACAAUGAUCCAACCUAAACAAAAACGACUGAGGGUGAAGUAAUGCUACUGGAAGAGCGUAUGUUAGAGAUGGAGUGUGGUAUGGGACCCAACCGAGCCAUCUCACAAGAACCUUCUGGAAUACACAUGGAAUUCUUGUUACUUUUUAUAGUAUUUUAGGUUAAAUGCAUACAUGUUUUGCCAUGUUGGUGUUUUCCAUUAAAAAAAAAAACUGUUAAAAGGGUUUUCAAAGGCGCCAUUUUAGGAGCACGUUUUCGCCAACUACUCAGACUCACGCGCUGUAUGAGAGUUACCACACGCUUUCGCCCUCGUUCUGUCCCACGUGCUGUGGGGUCUGCUCCCGUUUGUCGUCCAAUCAGAUCCGGCGCCCGCCACUGCCUGACCUUGAAGUUGGCUGCAAACGCGCAGAGGCACGCGCAGUUUUAGCUUCCAUGCGCGAGCCCACAGCACUCCGUUCAUUCAUCGCCGCGCUCGUGCGGAGACCAGGCUCGACUGCGCAGACACGCGCGCAUACAAGACCUGAAACCUCACAGUCACGCGAGGAACUUCAGAGUAAAUCAUUUAGUUCACGUUCACGUGACACCAUCGUUGGAAGAAUAUCAGAAGAGUGGUCUCGAGAAAGCGACGGAGCAGCCGCCUACGUGUUGCUCGUGAACUCGGCAGGCACGCGGAUCCCACUCCACGUAGUUUGGGUCCACAUUGACCAUGGCGCGCGCGUGCGUGGGUUACGCGACAGCGGCGGUCAGCGUCGUUCUCAUCCUCGCGGGCGGCGCGUUACUGUUCGCAGGCGCCUUUAGAACUCUGAUUCACAGUCGGCUCAAGAAGGAGAUCACCCUGACUGAAAGCAGUAGGGUGUUCAACACGUGGAAGAACCCUCCUCCCCCUGUCUACAUGGAGUUCUUCUUCUUCAAUGUCACAAAUCCACAAGAGUUCCUGGGUGGAGCCAAACCUCGUGUCACACACAUGGGCCCCUACACAUACAGAGAGUACAGGCCCAAAGACAACGUCAGCUUUGUGGACAACGGCACCAAGGUUUCUGCGCUGACCCCAAAGACGUUUGUGUUCAUGCCUGACCUGUCAGCAGGAGACCCCAGCAUCGACCUCGUAACUACUGUCAACAUCCCUGCAGUGGUGGUCAUGAACAAGGUGAAGAGUUUGAGCUUCUGGACCAGGUCGGCCAUAUCCUUAUUCAUGGGGAAAAUCGGCACGGGCAUGUUCAUGACUCACACGGUGGAUGAGCUGCUCUGGGGCUUCAAGGACCCGCUGCUAACACACCUGCAUACCUUUAAGCCUGAGGUAGCCGAGGACUUCGGCCUCAUGCUCAACAAAAAUGGCAGUCACGAUGGAGAGUUCGUGUACCUCACUGGCGAACACAACUACUUGGACUAUGGCCGCAUCUACACCUGGAAGGGCCAAAAGCUGAUGUCCUUUUGGAGCACCAAUCAGAGCAACAUGAUCAAUGGGACGGAUGGUAGUGCCUUUCACCCCUUCCUGACCAAAACGGAGCGUCUGGACGUCUUUACAGCAGACCUAUGCAGGUCCAUCUACAUGCUAUUCGAGAAGGAAGUGGAGGUCAAGGGCAUUCCGGCAUACCGAUACACCCCCCCACAUGAGGUGUUGGCCAGCCCAAAGAACAAUCCGGAAAACAAGGGCUUCUGCCUCCCACAGGACCAGUGCCUGGAUGAUGGUGUGCUGAACGUAGCCACGUGUCGCGACGGAGCUCCUGUUAUAGUGUCCUUCCCCCAUUUCUACCUUGGUGAUAAGAAGUAUGUUGAUGCCAUCGAGGGAAUCACACCAGUCCACGAUCAGCACCAGACCUUCCUGGACUUGAACCCGACUACUGGCAUACCCGUUCGCGCCAGUAAAAGAGCCCAGAUAAACAUUAUGCUUGAAAGGAUAACUGGCUUUCCCAUGACAAAGAACAUGAAAGGCACCAUCUUCCCCAUCAUGUUCCUUAACGAGUCUGUUUUGAUUGAUGAUGCAUCAGCGGAGAAACUGCACAAGUUGUUGACCAUCGAGACACUUGUGUCGUACUUCCCAUUCAUCCUUGUGGUACUAGGAGUCCUCCUCUUCAUCAUCAGCAUCCUCCUCCUCAUCCGCUCCCGCCAGAGGAAGACUUCCACAAAGGAGGACACCAUAUACUCCCCUGCCAGCACCAAAGCAGAUGACGAGAAGAAUGGCGCUUAUGUAGGCCUUGUGCCUGUUGACAAAUCUUGAACGGGACCGCCUUCACUGUGUGUGUGUGUGUGUGUGUGUGUGUGUGUGUGUGUGUGUGUGUGUGUGUGUGUGUGUGUGUGUGUGUGUGUGUGUGUGUGUGUGUGUGUGUGUGUGUGUGUGUCUUCACUUGUGCCUGUUGACAAAUCUUGAACGGGACUGCCUUCACUGUGUGUGUGUGUGUGUGUGUGUGUGUGUGUGUCUUCACUUGUGCCUGUUGAGAAAUCUUGAACGGGACUGCCUUCACUGUGUGUGUGUGUGUGUGUGUGUGUGUGUGUCUUCACUUGUGCCUGUUGAGAAAUCUUGAACGGGACCGCCUUCACUGUGUGUGUGUGUGUGUGUGUGUGUGUGUGUGUGUGUGUGUGUGACUGCAGAGAGUGGCAGUCCCAUUCAGCUUCAUUGGUCUUCCACUCAGGACUCAGGAGUGAAGCUACAAAUGAGAGGAUGAUUGAGUGAAUGAAUGAGUGAGUGAAUGAAUGACUGAGUGAACGGAUGACUGAGUGAACGGAUGACUGAG